CUGUUCUGGAAAAUGCUGAGGUGGCUGUGUUGUUGCUUUCCACAGGAGAGGCCGAGGAUGGGGUAAACUGAAAAGACUGAUUUGGAGCAGGCAAUGUGUUAGAGACAGUAGAGCAAGAGUCUCCUCUGUGGAGGAAUCGGAGGCACCAGCCGCACAAUGCCUGCAGGGCAGAAGAUGUUCUCUGCCAGGAAGUUGUCAGGAGGUUGCAGAGCCAUCAGACUUCAUUUCCGAUCCCAUGUUGUAUCCAGAACCUCUCCCAACUUGACUUUCGUGCCAGAGUGUCUCCCCCCGGAUCCCGUGGAAGUCGAGGAGCUGCAGCACUUUGUUUCCAAGUCCAAGAGGCUCUUUGUAAUGACUGGAGCUGGAGUCUCGACUGAAUCAGGGAUCCCAGAUUACCGCUCUGAAGGCGUCGGGCUCUACGCAAGGACAGACAGGCGGCCCAUCCAGCACACCGAGUUUGUCCGCAGUGCCAGUGCCCGGCAGCGGUACUGGGCAAGGAACUUCGUGGGCUGGCCCCAGUUCUCCUCCCACCAGCCGAACGCAGCACACCUGGUGCUAAGAGACUGGGAGAAGCUGGGAAAGCUACACUGGCUGGUGACCCAGAACGUGGAUGCCCUUCACACCAAAGCUGGGAGCCAGCGCAUGACAGAACUGCACGGCUGCACGCACAGGGUUUUCUGCCUGGGCUGUGGAGACCAAACCUUGCGCUCUGAGCUGCAGGUGCACUUUGAAGCUCUGAACCCUACCUGGAAAGCUGAAGCGCUUGGUGUGGCUCCCGAUGGAGAUGUCUUCCUGACAGACGAGCAGGUGCGUAAUUUCCAAGUGCCAGCCUGCAGUAAAUGUGGUGGAAUCCUGAAGCCUGACGUGACGUUCUUUGGAGACACAGUGAGCCGGGAGAAAGUGAAUUUUGUGCACCAACGCCUGGCGGAAUCAGACUCCGUGCUGGUGGCAGGAUCCUCCAUGCAGGUAUACUCUGGUUACAGGUUUGCUCUUGCUGCCCGGGAGAAGAAGCUGCCAAUUGUGAUACUUAACAUUGGGCCCACCAGGUUAGAUCACUUUGCAUCCCUGAAACUGAAUUCCCGCUGUGGGGAGCUGCUGCCUUUGAUUGACAUACACUGACCCAAGAAGCUGAGGAUCAGUGGCUUUCAGGAGUAAAAUUUUUACAAGGACCCAUCAUCUCAAAAGCGGAAAUACUUCAACCUAAGAGGCAGCUGUGAAAUCCAAUGCAUAGCCCCUGAGGAGACCAGGAGAGGGCAGCAAGCCUCGCGCAUGCCAACCUGACCGGUUUUCUGCAUUGAAAUCAUCCCCGCUUAGGCUUACCAGGGAACCGAGGGAUGGUGAAAAAGCUUCUCUCUCUCUCUCUCUUUUUUUUUUUUAACUCCUUCCUUACCCUGCCAUUGUAAAGUGCCUUUUAUAUGCAUUCACUGAGACAGAAUGACCAGAAUUCUGUUCUGUAUCUGGAACAAUACUUUUCUUAUAAUUGUCCCAAGAGAAGAAUGAGGGAUGGAGAGUUCAAGUAACUUGACAAGUUAGAAGAGCACAGGAGGGCGAUGGCACACCACUCUGUCAGCUGGGGGAUCCACUGACACUAUCAGGCGACUGCAGGGCCUGCAGAGAGCAAAAGGAGGCAAGAGGACCCGCAGGCUUUGACUUGGGAGUAGACUGCAAUAGAAAACAUGGUUCAAAAGAGAAGCUGAACAAGAACAGCCCUCUUUUAAGAGAUGCUUGGAAAGCACAGAAUACAUGGCUGACGCCUUCCAGCAAGGAGGGGAAGCAGCACUUGUCCCCAUUGUCAGCUGGCCAAUUAAGCUAGUCACUAUCUGAACCCUUUAAAAAUAAUAUACUGUUGAGAUGCCAAAGGAGUUUUUCCUAGCUAAUCUGACCAGAGCUGCUUUCGGUGUGGCUGCUACAUUUUCUAGAAUGCACUUUUGAAUACGUUAUUCUAUUAAUGAACAGUUCAAUGGUGAA